AUGGGCUCCUUCUCCUCCGCGCUGGCGCGGUCCCGCAGCGCUGUGGUGCAGUUGGGCUCGUCUUCACCGCAGCUCGAGGAGCCACCGGCUGCUCCCGCUGCUGGAAGAGACCCGUUCGCCUUCCCCAAGACCCGGAGGCUAGGACCCGAGCGGGCGGAGACGCCAGACCCGUCGGCAGCCUGGGAGGCUCAGUCCGCCGCGGCGAGCCCGGAAGAGCGCGGGAAGUUAGAGAGUCUGGAGCUGUCCGCGGUGCUGAAGCGUGCAGAGAGUACGUCCCAGCCCUACUUGCCCCGGAGCGGUAGCGCCACGGUCGCAAAUGAAGCUGGAGACAAGCCUGCCAGACCACUUGCCCGCUUCUCUCGGUCUAAGUCGCAGAACUGUCUGUGGAACUCCCUCAUUGACGGGCUCACGGGGAAUGCCAAGGAAAAGCCACGGCCAACUAUCGUCCAUGACCCCCGACCACCAGAAGAAAUCUUAGCUGAUGAAUUGCCUCAGCUCGACAGCCCAGAAGCCUUGGUGAAGACAUCCUUCAGGCUACGGUCUUUGGUCAAACAAUUAGAGAGAGGAGAGGCUUCAGUGGUAGAUCUUAAGAAGAAUUUGGAAUAUGCAGCCACGGUACUUGAAUCCGUGUACAUUGAUGAAACCAGGCGACUCCUGGAUACAGAGGAUGAACUCAGUGACAUUCAGUCAGAUGCAGUGCCUUCUGAGGUCCGAGACUGGCUGGCCUCCACCUUCACGAGGCAGAUGGGGAUGAUGCUCAGAAGGAGCGAGGAGAAGCCACGGUUCAAGAGCAUUGUCCAUGCAGUGCAGGCCGGGAUAUUUGUGGAGAGAAUGUAUAGACGGACAUCAAACAUGGUUGGACUGAGCUACCCACCAGCUGUUAUUGAAGCAUUAAAGGAUGUGGACAAGUGGUCCUUUGAUGUCUUUUCCCUCAAUGAGGCCAGCGGUGAUCAUGCACUGAAAUUCAUUUUCUAUGAAUUACUCACACGCUAUGAUCUGAUCAGCCGUUUCAAGAUCCCCAUUUCUGCUCUUGUCUCAUUUGUGGAGGCCCUGGAAGUAGGAUACAGCAAGCAUAAAAAUCCUUACCACAAUUUAAUGCAUGCUGCUGACGUUACACAGACUGUGCAUUACCUCCUUUAUAAGACAGGAGUAGCGAACUGGCUGACGGAGCUGGAGAUCUUUGCUAUAAUCUUCUCAGCUGCCAUCCAUGACUAUGAGCACACCGGAACCACCAACAAUUUCCACAUUCAGACCCGGUCUGACCCUGCUAUUCUGUACAACGAUAGGUCCGUAUUAGAAAAUCACCAUUUAAGUGCAGCUUACCGCCUUCUGCAAGAGGAUGAGGAAAUGAAUAUUUUGAUCAAUCUCUCAAAGGACGACUGGAGGGAGUUUCGGACCUUGGUAAUUGAGAUGGUGAUGGCCACGGAUAUGUCCUGUCACUUCCAACAAAUCAAAGCAAUGAAGACUGCUCUGCAGCAGCCAGAAGCAAUUGAAAAGCCGAAAGCAUUAUCCCUGAUGUUGCACACAGCAGACAUUAGCCAUCCAGCAAAAGCAUGGGAGCUCCAUCAUCGCUGGACAAUGUCACUCCUGGAGGAGUUCUUCAGACAGGGUGACAGAGAAGCAGAGCUGGGGCUGCCUUUUUCUCCUCUGUGCGACAGAAAGUCAACGAUGGUUGCUCAGUCGCAAGUGGGUUUUAUUGAUUUCAUCGUGGAACCCACCUUUACUGUGCUCACGGACAUGACCGAAAAGAUCGUGAGUCCUUUAAUUGAUGAAACCUCCCAAACUGGCGGGACAGGACAGAGGCGUUCAAGUUUGAACAGCAUCAGUUCGGCAGAUGCGAAGCGAUCGGGUGUCAAGAGCACUGGCUCAGAAGGAAGUGCGCCCGUCAACAGUUCUGUCAUCCCUGUUGACUAUAAGAGUUUCAAAGCCACGUGGACUGAGGUGGUGCACAUCAAUCGGGAGAGAUGGAGGGCCAAGGUGCCCAAAGAGGAGAAGGCCAAGAAGGAAGCAGAGGAAAAAGCUCGCCUGGCCGCGGAGGAGAAGCAAAAGGAAAUGGAAGCCAAAAGCCAGGCUGAAGAAGGCGCGGCUGGCAAAGCUGAGAAAAAGACAUCUGGAGAAGCUAAGAAUCAAGUCAAUGGAACUCGCACAAACAAAAGCGACAACCCUCGUGGGAAAAAUUCCAAAGCUGAGAAGUCCUCAGGAGAAAAACAACAGAAUGGUGACUUGAAAGAUGGUAAAAAUAAGACCGACAGGAAGGAUCAAUCCAAUGUCGGAAAUGAUUCAAAGAAAACAGAUGGCACCAAGAAGCGCUCCCACGGCUCGCCAGCCCCAAGCACUAGCUCUGUGAGUCGCCUUACCUUGCCAGUCAUCAAGCCUCCUCUACGUCAUUUUAAACGCCCUGCUUACGCGUCUAGCUCCUACGCACCUUCGGUCCCAAAGAAAACUGACGAGCAUCCUGCGAGGUACAAGAUGCUGGAUCAGAGGAUCAAAAUGAAAAAGAUUCAGAAUAUCUCACAUAACUGGAACAGGAAAUAG